CUUAAAUGAGUUUUGUUGAAAUAAGUGAAGAACAUAACACGCAUGAAAAUGAAAUAUCUUUAAGUUAACGGUUUAAAAAAUUUUAAAUGAUUGUUUACGUUUUUGGGCUUGUAAAUUUGUUUACGAUAGAAAGUAUUAAAUUUUUAUAAUUGAUAUCCAGCAUUAUUCAUUUAUUGGAAUAAGAUAAAAAGUUCUAAUCCAACUUUUUCUUUGCAAACAAUCGCAAAGAUUAUGGACAGUUCAAUAAACGCAAGCUUUGAAGCUGGAAGUGACGGAAAAAGAAGAAGCUCUAACAGAUCAAUUAAGCGGAAAAGAUUUGAUGACGAAAUUGUUGAAUACAGUCUAGGAGGAUUGCCACAAGGACGUAUUAGAACUCAAUCCCAAACAUUGCAAGCCAGUUCAAUUGACUCAAAUUCUGCUACAAUUACAGUUUCAACAAAUCAGCAACAAGUUCCAGAAACUCCAAUAUCUGCUCAACCAAUAUUAACAUCCACUCCAGUUCCAAUAACUCCAAACAUAUUUCCUGCACAGAAUCAACUAAUGCUUCCGGAACGUAAGCGUGGCAGUUUAAAGGUAAACAUCAAAAAAACAAAGAGAAGACUUGGAGGCACUAGCACAAAGGAUUUAGGAAGGUUCAAACCAACUGAUGAUUUGGCAUUGGUCAUAAACAUACAGCAAGUAAAUGACAUAAAAACUGUUCAUCGUGGUACAAAGUUUUCAUGCAAGUUUACAAUCCAGGAAUUAUCAAAUCGAUGGUAUUCUUUAAUGUAUGACGAAUCAAUAAGUCGUAUAGCAAUAAGUGCAAUGCGAAAUUUGCAUCCAGAAAUGAUUUCUUCAAUUCAGCAAAAAGCACUUUUUAGUAAGGUCGAAGAAGACAUACUUACAAACAUUAAAAGUACAGAAUCACCAACCGAGGAAACGUUUCAAGAUUUAUUAACAAAAAAUGCAACCGUAUUUUAUCAUGCAAGAACUCCGAAAUCACUGAUAACACAUUGGGAAUUAUUAAGACAAUAUAUGCUUUUAAAUGAUCAAGUCAUUCCAUCAUCUAUUUCAGCUGAUGGCUUGCAAAGCUUUUCGGAUUUUGAAGAAACCUUAAAUGACAAUGAAAUCUUGACCGAAAAUAGAGAUGAGCAUUUAGAACUAGAAUUGGCAUUAGCUGAUCGUAAGAAUAAAAGAGAAAUACGUACACUAGAGAAUGAACUUCAAAGAUGGUCUGUUAUGCUUGAUUCAGUUACUGGAAUUGGCAUUUCACCAGAAUUCGAUAAUCAGACUUUGGCUAUUUUAAGAGGGAGAGCAGUUCGUUAUUUGAUGAGAUCACGAGAGAUUACAGUUGGACGGAACUCAAAAGAUUUUGUAGUCGAUGUAAAUUUGUCAUUGGAAGGACCGUCUCAUAAAGUUUCAAGAAAACAAGGAACAAUAAAAAUGAGAAAUAAUGGAGACUUCUUCUUAGUCAACGAAGGAAAGCGUCCGAUUUUCGUUGAUGGAGUUCCUAUAAUCGCAGGAAAUAAGAUAAAACUUCAUAAUAAUAAUGUCAUUGAGAUAUCAGGAUUACGAUUCAUCUUCCUCAUUAAUCAAGACCUUGUUCAAGCUAUCAGAUUAGAGUCAGCAAAAUUAUCGACACCAUUAAAUUAAGUUUCAUCUUUGUCAUUUUAAAUUUUUAAUCAACAAAAAUAAAUAUGAAAAGUUCCCUUUAAUUUUGCAAAGCAGUUAUUAUUAUUUUUAUUUCUUCUGUAUCUUAUCUAUUAAAGUGUAUUGUUUUUUUCCUAUCAAAC